AGAGGCCGUGCGCGUUCCAGUAUGUAUAUAUUUCAGUGGCGUGGUCCCUCUCAGAGUUCUCUCUGACAUAUAUAGUUCAGUAUUGUACCGUCAACACCGACUUUCGUCCCCCAUAAAAAUUUGCGAAGUGACGAUUCCUUGCUGCAACCUCAGUACAAUGGCAAAGAAUAAACCUAUAGUGUAUAAAAAUAUAUUUAUCAAUGAUGAAUAAAAGAAAAAUAAUCGCAUCAAACACAUCAGAUGAAGAUGACAGUUUUGAACAUCGACAUAGCUCUUUGAGAGUUAAUAUGAGUUACAUCGCAAAUUUAACGGAUUCUGGCAAUGGUUCUCUCUAUAGAUCAGAGAUUGAAAACAUUGAAAGAGCAGAUAAUAGAAAUUUGCAAGAAAGCCAAGUCAAGAAAGAAAUACAUUUAGAAGAUACAAGUUCUAAGGAACGAGCUCUAGAAACAAAUUGUAAGCAGUUGAAAGAUGAAAUAUUAAACAAGACUAAAGCGACAUUUAACGGAGAUAAUGAGCUAUCUAUAAAAACUGCAAUGGUACUAGGGAAUAAGAAAAAUCACUUUGUAAGCAGUAUACACAAUUCAAAUUCUGAGAACAAGUCUAUUCUUAUAUUAAAGACAAAUAAUCAUUGUCUCAGAAAUAAAAUAACAAUGGAACAUAAACAAUAUACUAAUCAGCAAAGAAAGGAUAGAUAUUUAAAUAUUAUAGCCACUCCAACAAGCAAGAAUGGACAAAAUUCUAAACAAACUGUGGAUAAAUCUAGAUUAAUUCAAAAACGAUUAUUUGUCACUAAUGACAAACAAGUAGAAAAGCACACAAAAUGUCGAAUUAUAGAAGAUAUUGUUCUGCAAAAUAAAUGUCCAAUCCCCCCUAAACAAACAAAUCAAAGUAGCAGUCCUAUAUUAAGCAGCAGCAACAAGAGAGCAGGUUCUAAAUUAUGUUUGCAAAAUCAAUCUGAAAACUAUAAUAACACAUUUUCAACUGAACACUCUGUUCAGAAUGUUGAUAUAGGAGUACCCAUUACCUGUUCUACCUUUAUUGAAGAUAACACAAUAAGGGAAAAAAAAAAUAAAAGUAGCUGUAAUAAAACAAAUAAUGAUUUUAAUAUAUCUCAUGCUACGCAUACAAUGAAUAAAGUAAUAUCUAUGGAAAUGACAGAGAUUUGUGGUAUUAUUCAAACAAGUAAAGAACAAGAUAGAAAUUCAAAUGCAAACAAUUGUAUUGAAGAUAGAGAGGAAGAAAAAUCCAAAGUAAAAAGUUUAGACCAAAAGAAAAAUAUAACUAUUCAGAGGUUAAAAGAUAUUCAUUUAAACAAAUUUACUGUACAAAAUAAUAUUGCGUGUUCCAAUGUGCCCUGUGCAAACGUUGCGAAUGAUGCAGUUAGUACACGUGUACCUGUAGUUCCUGUGCAAGUAUCUAUUGAAGAAGUUGCAGCUACUACAAAAAUACAUAAUACAUUGCAAGUACAGGAGCGUAAUACUACAAAUCAAAGCAAAAAAGAAUGUAUGUUACUUUUGUCUGAUAAUAGUACAAAUAGUAUUACUCAGUUAUCUUUAAAUGUAAAUACAUCAUUGGAUGUAAUGGUUAAAACUAGUAAAGUGAAUUCUUCAAGCAAUUACAAAAUUAUUGAUACUAAUCAAAGCUUUGGAGCAACAAUAACUAAUAAUAAAAGAUCAAUAGUUUUGAAUGAUCAAUACAAAAGUAUAAAUAGCACUCAAACUUCGUUGCAAAUGAAUACAUCGAUAGAUUCUAUGCACGAAACAAGGCUAAGAAGAAAUAAUCGUUCAAUCAAACAAUCAUUGAUCCAAGAGAAGGGGAAUGUUAAAGACCUAAGAGAAAAACAUUUAUAUAUAGAUAAUCAAUAUUUAAUAACAGAAAAUAAAGAAACAGAUGAUGUAGACUUUUUAGAAAACAUCAGUUUAUUUGAGAGAUUAAAAAAUAUCUCUACACAAAAUCAGUUUUCUCAUAACGUUCAAUCAAAUAUUUAUGAAAUAGGAGAUAAAGAAAAAGCAGAAAACGAUAAAUCUAAUAAUGUAACAAGUUUAAUAUAUCAGCGUAAUGAUCAUACAAGUAAUAGUGGUAAUAAUUAUAGUUGCGUUGAAGGAACUCUAUAUCCAAUAAGCCGAUCAGUUUUAUUUAAAUCAUUACUAAAAUAUAAAACACAAAACAUCAAUCACAAUGCAGAAUCUUGUAACAACAAUGCAAAUUUGAUUGAUAAUAAAGAAAACAAGAUUAAAACUAAGUUAAAUGUUUUGAAUACAAAAGUAUCAAAUAAAACACCUAAGUCGACUGAAACACCAAAAACAGCCGAUGCAGAUACAGUUAUGUUAAAAGAUAUGCCCAGCUCUAAUUAUUUUCUUAUUCAAAAUCAAUUAAUAAUCACGGAAGAUACAUGUAAUAAGGCAAGGUUUGAAAUAGGUGACAAGACUACAAUUUCUUCACAAAAUAUGGAAUGUAUUGUAACACGGAAGGGCAAAAGGAAAUUAUUGCCGCUUAACGAAAACUCUCAAUUGUGCUCUAUUACUCCAAUAGAGGAAGAUAAAUGCACAGCUAAGGAAUCAACAUUUGGAAAAAAAAGCAAAAAGUUCAAAAAGAAGCGUUCAAAAAGAAAGUUAGCGGAUGUUAAGACUAACACAAGUAGUAUUAAACAUAAUAUCGUAAAUGAAAGGUGGUCAGAUAAUGAUUGCGAUACUUUUGAGAAUAAAAGAAAAAAAAAAAAAGUGCGAAAACCGAAAAAAAUUAUGAGUAAGAAAAUCGUUAUCAAGAAAAUUGUUGACGAAAAUGUGUUGAAUAUAUUAGAAGAAAAUAGACAAAAUAAAGAAAAUCGAUCAAUAGAGAAUAAAGAUUCUUUAAAUGAUUUUGUAAGGCAUCGCACAAUACCUACUCAAUGGUAUAAACACAAGUCUCAAAAGAUUGUCAUUGUAACGACUGGUUUAUCAAAAGAAGACCAGAGUUUAGUUAAAAGCAUCAUCAAAUCCCUUGGUAUGGCAGAAAUGGAAAUAAAUGUAUCAAAGCGAACGACUCAUGUUGUGAGUACAGGUGUACGCACAGUGAAUCUGCUUCGAGGAAUUAUAAGAGGUUGUUGGCUUGUUACUUUAGAAUGGGUUCUAACAUCCCUGGAGAACAAUACAUGGUUAGAUCCAGAAAAGUUUGAGAUGAAACAUUUCUCUAAAGCUGUAGAGGAGAAUCGGAAAGAUAGACAAUUAUUUGGACUGUCAUACAUCCCAGAAUUGUUCAGUUUAUGUGGACUUAUAUAUGUUGAGCAUAAAACUACAAUACCAUGUGAUACACUUAAAGAACUUAUAAAAACAGCAGGCGGACAUAUUACGGAAAAUAUUAAGCAGGCUAAAAUUAUCAUCGGUAUGAAUGGUUUGAAGGAAACCUGGAUUAUAGAUUCUAUCACGACGGGUGAACUACAAUCAACUAAACUUUAUCAAAGAGAAUCAAGUAGUUAAGUAUCAUAAGAAAUGUAGCGUCUUUAAAUAUCAUGUAAAUUUAAAGUAUUAUUUAUUAUAAUAUGAAAGACAUUUGUACAUCAAAUUAUAAUUUUUUUUAUA